UGAGCCAUUUUCCCAUUGAAACUUGGUCACAUAUCAUCCACACAAUAAGUUCCCAACUGUCAUCUCUGAUUCUGAUAACACAAAGACACCAACCGUCCACUUCAUUUCCUCCCCCUCCAAACAAAAUCCAAGGAAAAGCAUGAGAAACUAGAUAGAUAAACUGGAGAAAGUAGACAGACAACUAUGUCUGUGGCAUCAUCAUCUUCAUUCCAAUGCAUCAGACUCCCAAACCCAUCAUCUCCUUCACCUUCUUUUUUUUCUUCGUCAUCAUCCACUACCUUUAGGACAAUACUUACCAUAAGGAGCUCACAAACUGAGGGUCCUUUGAGAAGGCCAGUGGCUCCAGCACCUCCAAAACCUGUCCCACCUUCACCGCCGUCGUCUUCUUCGCCGCUAUCUGCCCCCCAGAAGCCAAAUCCGGUGGCGAUGGUGGAGGAUAAGAAUUUAAUAACGUUUGAGUUUCAGAGACAGAAGGCUAAGGAGCUUCAAGAGUACUUCAAGCAGAAGAAGCUUGAGGAAGCUGAUAAGGGUCCUUUCUUUGGUUUCAUUAGCAAGAAUGAAAUUGGCAAUGGCAGAUGGGCAAUGUUUGGUUUCGCUGUCGGAAUGUUAACGGAGUAUGCAACAGGCUCAGAUUUUGUUGAUCAAGUUAAGAUCCUCCUCUCCAAUUUUGGGAUAGUGGAUCUGGAAUGAGUACUUUUGCUGGGUGUUCAAGGUCAUCAGUGCUCAUUUUCUCUGCAAUUGUUGUAAUCAUAUCCAAUGUUUUGCUGUAAUUUCCUCGAGUAAUUUGUUUGAUUAUAUUUCACCCAAAUCACUAGAUUGGAAUAUGAUCUAUACCAACACUCUGUUCAGUUUUUCAAAAUACAAAAGCUUGCUUUUGCAAUGCAGUUAUACCCUUGAUCUACUGAUCCAAUGAUGCUAAUCUCUUGCAUGCAUAUUUUGUUAAUUGGCCACUAUGCAGUGA